GCGCGGGCGGGCGCGGAUCGCGGUGGCGGCGGCGGCGGCGGCGGCGGCGGCGGCGGGGAUGGCUUUCGAGGCGCUGGCGGAGGCGGCGGAGCGGUGGUGCGCCCGCACGCCCUUCCAGCUCAUCGCCGCCGAGGAGACGGAGCGGCGCAUGGACUUCUACGCCGAGCCCGGCGUAUCCUUCUACGUGCUCUGCCCGGAGGCCGCCUGCGGCGACAAUUUCCACGUGUGGAGCGAAAGUGAGGACUGCUUACCUUUUCUGCAGCUUGCACAGGAUUACAUCUCCUCCUGUGGGAAGAAGACACUCCAUGAAAUACUGGAAAAAGUCUUCAAAUCCUUCAGACCCUUACUUGGGCUUCCAGAUGUUGAUGAUGAUGCAUUUGAAGAAUAUAAUGCAGACGCGGAAGAAGAGGAACCAGAAGCCGAUCACCAACAGAUGGGUGUCAGUCAGCAGUGAUUUUCUGAGAAGCUAAAAAAAUUUGGAAGCCUUUGGUACCAGGGGGGAUGCUGGCACAGCCAGCCCUGGAGGAACAGCGGCAUGGACCUCGGGCCAGCAGAUUGCAGCUCAAGGCAAAGGGAAAGAGCCAAGGAGGAGAUGUCUGGGAGGUCACAGACCCCACCUCAAAGAGGACUGUGGUUCAGGAGCUGGUGACCUACCUGAGGCAAGGAAAGGGAACGGUAAAGAGGAGAUACAAGAAGACUGAGACCAGGAAGAGGGCAUCAUAGCAAGGGGACUGGUGGAGAAGGGGAUCGGUCUGAUCUGCUAUGGGACUGGAGAAGCCCUUGUCACAGCUGAGUGCAGCCUGGCUUGGCCAGACCAGGCAACAGAAAUGGACAUGGGGACACAGCAGCAUCUGAUGGAAAACAUGCAGGCAAACAUGGCUGUAGCAAGUGCCUCUGAGUGGCAAUCACUGCACCUCUUCUUCCCCCUCACCAUCCCCCAGCGAGAUGCUCUGCGCCUGGUCCUGCAUCAGCCACCAUGGGCUCCAGGAGCUGCAGCCCACCCCUGACCCACUCCCCUGUCACUCAGCUUCUGCCUUUGCAAAAGAGAGCAUUGGCAGGGCCCCAAAUCCUUGUGACUAAGCACCAGCCUGCUGCCAUGGUGCUCCACACCCAGCCAGCCAGCACACCGAACAGAAAGGGCUAUUUGCUGCUGUGUGAAGCACUGUGCAGCUCUGUGGCUCAAGUCCCCUGUACCCUUGGCACAGCUUGUCACCAUGUCCAUUUGCACAGUUCACAAACUUGUACAUGUUAUUACACCAUUAGAGCUUUCACCACCAACUGUUCUUUCAGAACAAUAAAAAUGAUAUUGUCCUUCCUAACAAAGUUUCUUUCCUCCCACUGGCCCUCCAGCAGGGUUUGUACAAUGCAUGGCAAGCCUUGCCCAUAGACAAGGGACCUGCCCAGGCCUGCAGGUCCCUGUGCUCUCCCAGGCUGACGCCUGAGAAUUAAUGGGACGAUGAUGCUGAGAGUUAAUACAACCAAAGCAAAGUGACCAAAUGCUGCCAUUCAGUCACCUGCAGUGGCCUGACACAUGCUGUUGUAUCAGACAUUUAGGCACACAAGUAAAUUACAUAGAAGACAUGAGUAACCUGUUUCUGACUGCUACCACUGAAGCCAGCACGUCCAAUGGGCAGCUCACACAGUCUUGCAGGUCCCUGAAUCUCUGCCCUCCUUUGCCUUUGCAGCUGCUGCUUGGCAGAGUAAAGCUUCCAGUCAGUGCCUGUCUCCUACCCUUCUUUUCUCAAAAUGCAUGCACCACUCUUAUCCAGCAGCAGUACUUAAAUAGUGUCAAUCUGCAAUCCCAAUAUCCCAUAAAAUGAUUUGUUAGCCAUGAUAACAGAGGAGAAGAGCUUCCAAGGCGAAGGGGAAGACUGUUGAUAUCACCAAAGUCUGUAUUAGCUAUGCUGACAAAUGAGCUUUUUACAUUAAAGAAAACAGAGGAGAAUUCCUGAAAAAUUUCAAGCAGCCUGAAUGUCUCCAGUCAAGCUCAUUUUGCCUUGUUAAACUUACACUAGAGCACAAUGAAGAAAUUGCUGUCUCUAUAGGUGACCACUGAGGGACAGUGUGGAGUGCAGCUAAGAGGAAUGGGGAUGCCCUGUGGUGCUCCCAUGAAGUCCUAACCAUCAGUAACCACUACUGCUGAUGACCAGUGAGUCUUACAACAUGUAGUAGCAGCAGAGUACACAACCAUUACUCACCUGUCCAGCAGCCAGCCUGCAAAGAUGAAGUUGGCUGGCACUGGCCAUUUGUAGCCAGACCUGUGGGUUUCAUGACAGUGGUGGCCACAUGCUUCUGAAUGGACAACCACACUCUCAGAGUUACGUGGUCUGCUGUCACCUCCACUGUCAACCCCAAGAACUGGUCACAGUUCACAGCCUCCCUGAUGGACAGCGCAGCCCCUCCUAGCCAAGGUGGGCAUUUUUCCAUGAAGCCUCCUUUGAAAGGUCCUCUGUCUUCCCUUGUCUCAGCUGCAGUUGCUACUACUGCUACAGAAAGAUGUAGCCAACAGAGGCUGGCAGAGCAGGCAUGUGGCUCACCAAGCCACAGCCAGACAGAAGAGCAGGACAAACAUAUCAGCAGGAGCCACUGCCUGCUAACAGAAAGUAGCAAUGUUGCACAUGGAGCUGUCUUGGCCACAGCAGCACAUCAGGAGUUUGCAAAGUCCCCGCAGUCCCUGAGAAGCAGGAGAACAUGGGAAGCUAAACAGGGCUUGUGGAGUUUGACUUGCCAGAUGUGCAAUGUGGACCCUCCUGGCUAUUUUCUCUUUCAUAUCCUAUUGGUACCAUAUGAAAGUCUCCAUGUGAAUUAGGCCUGACUCACCCAUGGAAGAAAAUCCUACGUGGGGAGGAAACAAUUUGAUCCAGUGACUGGUUCUAUGUGGAAGCAGCAAAAGCCUGGUUUAAUUUCCCUCCUCUGCUGUGACUGUUUGCAUUCCUUCAACACCAUGUGAAGUAUUCUUGCAUUCACACCAUGAGGGUUACCUCAGAAGUGCAAGUACCUUCUUUAUUUCUGAAAGUAAAGAAAUACAUGUUUGGUAGCAAAGUACAGGGAGUGGAAGUAUCCCAGGUCUGCAGGUGGGCUGUUGCUGGGGACACCCGCUGGGUCUGCAUCCCCUGGGAAUAUGCUGGGCAGGACAAGCUUAAUUCCUUUGCAGUGGCUCUGACCCCCUGGCAAGUUAGCACUCAGGGUAUUAAGUAGUACCGCUGGGUUUGUUUACUGAUAAACUUGCUAAGAUGCAAAAUCUGUGUGAAAAGACAGCACGUGGUUAAAGCUGAUUUUACUGACAUAGCUCAGUGGUUACAAGAAUCUCAUAAAAGAGCAAAAUCCCAGUCUCCUCUUCAGCUUAAUCAGUGAAUCUGAGAGCUGAUUUUCAUCCAGCUCCUGCUCUUUUUGUCCGUCUAACCAAUUGCUUUAUAGCUGCAUAGAGAACUCUUAAAGAUGUUCUGGCGAAGCCUUUUCCUUCUGUCUUCAGGGUUUGCUGGGUCAUGGAGUCCCCUGGCAUGUGUACAUGACUGCCAGAGGUGCCUCGGAGGGCAGAUGGCAGGGGUGCACCUUGAAUGACCUGGCUCUGAUGCAGGAGGACUGGACAGCCUGCCUCAGAGCCUGGGCAAAGUCUUGGGCGAGAAGCCACGUACUGACCAAAGCCUGCUGGAGCCAGCACCUGGGCAUGCCGCUGCGGAGGCAGAGCUCACCGACAGCUCUGUGAGCCGAUGUCAGUGCGGAGGUGGCACAGACAUGCGCUGUGUGCCAAGGCAGGCACCCCGGCAUGACUCCGCAUCCUCCGGCUCGCCUGCUCUCUCCUAUGCCAGUGUAGGAAGUUUUCUCCCCAGCCCUGCCCUAAUCACUCAUUCCUGGCCUCCGGCCACGGUUUGCUGCUCCUGGUGCUUCUGGUAGAACUGCACCGUGACAUGAGCUGGGUUAAAAACCAGCAAGGGCAACCAGGUUUCUGGUUUGUUCUGAAGGGCUGUUUUAAACCUCAGUCAUGUUAGCAGCUCAUUUACAGUUGCUUCAACUUGGGGAUCAGGGGACAAGCGGACAGGGAUGGGGACAGGAUGGGUGGGAACAUCUUCAGUUGGCUUUGCUGCCAAAGCUGGCGAAGCAACAUCCCUACACCUCAGCCUCGCUAGAAGCUCUCUCUACUCUUCCUGGGCUUCUAUCACUUUUCUGGCAGAUUCCUACAUUGCUUGAAGGAGUUGUAUUUCCCUUUAGGGAGUAAAUGGUUCACGUAGUUUGGCAUUUAUUCUGUCACGGCAUAUGUGGGACUACCAUUAACAUUAACAGGAAUGUCACAUCCAUCCAGAAGAGAAUAAUCUGUUUAAUGGCUAAAUAGGAAAGCUAUGUACAUUAAAUUUCAGGCCGCUAGUCAGCUUUGUGAUGUAGUUUUCCCUUUGAUAAAAUUGAGACUUAUUUCAAAACAGGAAAUUACUUUUUCCCUCUUUUUAUUCAAUGGGUGCCACAAAUACAAACCCACCCCUUGACAACCCAUAGAGGUCUCCGCUGUAAGUGAUGUAUUUAUAGGAGAGGACAUGUCAUAGAUGCCUUAAUGUAACACCAGCUUCUGGCUUUGUUGGACUGAUGGCUUCUGAAGUGACAGAUAGCCUGGGACUUUUGUCUCAGCUCACACCCUGUGCCAAUCCAUGAACAGCUUUUACAGGCUGAACUUAAGCAUUCGAAGUUUCUCCACUGGAAAGCAGGAAAGCAAGGUGAUUUGAAAGAAUGCUGAAAAAAAUCAGGUGGAUGAUAGGUACUUGAUUUGUAGAGGUAUAAAUUACCACCAAGAAUUUAGCUGUUCUCAAGAAGAGAGUAAAAUCUGGCUGCAUUUCAUCAGAAAAUUCAGAUCAGUUGUACUUAAGCCCAUGCUAUUCUUUCAAUAAUUAAAGUUCUGGCUACAAAUUUGCAUAAAUAAGCAUAAAAGUUCUUUGUUAUGGAUUUUAAUAAAUGAAAUGGAAAUACAGCUAGAGAAAAUGGGACCUAGGGAAAAGAGUCACUGGGGAUCAGACAGCAGUGAGGCUUGGGACUAUCAUUUGAACUGCUGCCUUCUCUGUUACACAUUCAGCUCUUCAGUAGAUAUAUAGCAGUUGCUUUUUUUCAGUAUUUAGAGUGCAUAUACCACUGCACUGCCAAAACAGAUUUUGAAGAGUGUGUGCAAUAGGCAACCCAGCAUGCACAGCAGCAGCAUUAGCAGACAAUAGCACCUGGAUGGCAUGCACAUUUCUGGAUGCAGUCCAGCUCAAGCGGGACUUCAUUCUGCAUUUGGCCAUUCAUUUCUCUCCAGCCCUGCUCUCUCAGUUGUGCCAGUGAGACUAUUUGUCAGGACCCACAAUGAACAGGACUGGAGACUUGAUUUGUAUUAAAAACAACCUCCAAUACAGACAAGGUUAUUUCUAACCCAGGCUGGUUCACCUUUUGGCCCCAAAUCAGGAGCUGAUGGAACAAGGGGAUGUUUCUAAGGGGCAAUGAAUAGCAAGGGAAGAAGCCACUGCUGAAAGAAAUGUGAGUCAAAUGACUACCUAAGACGAUGAUCUGUCAGUCCUCCUGUAUGUGCUUCACUGCUGUUUGUUUAUGGACAAGGAUGUUUGUCCUGAGUUGUGGCUAACCCUGAACUGCAGGUGGAGGUUACACACAAACAACAAUGAAUGUUUAAGUACUUGAAUUCACAACUGUGUUAAUUAAGGAAUAUUAAGGUAUUCUUAAAAGUCCAAGAACUGAAUUGAAGCUCCUUUCGGUUGUCUCAAGGUCACAAAAGGACCUGGAAAAAUCAGGACAAAGUGUGUUUCCUUCCCUACAAAUUCCCACAUUGCCAUCCCUGCCAUUCCCACUGGAUAAGCUCUUCUCCCAUUGCUGGCCACCAAGCAGUUCUCAGCUG